CUGUAUGAAGUCAGUGGCUUUGGUGACAGUCGCAUGCGCAGCACUUUCCUGGAUGCUGCCCGUGGCAGCUCCCCAGGCUGUUCCAGCUGCCCCAGCGCCCUGGCUGACCAUGUCCUUUCCAUACCGCAAGUCUGACCGCAGCACAAGGAUCUGGCUGAAAUGUUCUCCCCGUGAAGGCUGGAGACCAGAGUUGUUCUAUUUCUACUGGAGAUCUGAACACAGUGAAUGGACCCAGCUUACAUACCGGAAAAUAAAUCUUUUGGAGGUCCCCACAAGUUAUCUGACAAAGCAAGUAUUUGCUUGCUUGUACCAGGAGAGCAAGAAUGGCAGAAGGUUCCACUCUCCAUUCAGUAACGAGGUGGCCUUCUCUCUCAGUGAAUCGCCCCCACCAGCAACCCUUUCUCCGAAUCCCCAUUACCCUUUUUACAUCCCAGGGGAAGAGGUGACCCUGACAUGUUCAGCUGCAGAUGCGUGGAAGGUGAGAAGCUACACGUUCUACAAGCAUCUACCAGGCCAGCUGCCCACACAGCUGCCCCGUCAAGGGACGGGGCCCGCUGAACAUCUCCGCGUGGAGGAAGGUUCUGCCGCAUUUUACAGCUGUACUUACUGGGUUCUGUCACAAGAAGGAAAUGAGAUCCAGGCACAGCAAAGCAACAUCUUCAACCUAACUGUGAGAAAAACUCCUCCAGCUCCGCAGCUUUCCGUGGCUCCGUGGCACUCUGUGUACACGCAGGGGGAGAGCAUUCGCUUGAACUGUUCAGUCCCUGAAGGGGUGCCUGUAGUAGCUUAUGCCUUUUACCAAAAACAAGAUCAGUGGUCCAAGGAGCUUGCGCAUACAAAAAGGUUGCCCUACACAGCUUUUGGAGUGGAUGAAACAACUGCUGGGAAUUACAGCUGUACCUACUGGCUGUCGCUAUCCUGGCAAACGCUUGAGUCCAGUCAGAGCAGCUUCGUCUCCAUAGCCUGGACAGAAACUCCGGCUGCAGCAAACCUUUCUGUGUCUCCCGGCCACUCUGUGUACAUCAGAGGGGAAAACAUCACCCUGACCUGUUCGGCUCCUACAGAGGUGGAUGUGGCAAGAUAUACCUUCUACAGGAAAGAAGAUCAGGUAUCCAAGGAGCUGCAGCGGAACGAGAUGGGGCCUUCUGAAACAUUUCGAGUGGAUGAAACAGCUUCUGGGAAUUACAGCUGUGCCUACUGGCUGUUGACAUCUGGGCGGGAGCUUGAGUCCAGUCGGAGCAGCUUCAGCUCCAUAGCCUGGACAGAUCCUCCUCCUCCUCCGGUCCUCACUGUGGACCCUCCAUCCGGAGAGCUGCGGGAAGGCGACCGCCUGCUCCUCUCCUGCUCAGCCGACGGGAGCCCUGCUGAGAGGAGGUUUCGCUUCUUCAAGGAUGGGGCUGAGUUGGCCUCCAGCAGCGAAGACUCUCUGGGGAGCUCCAGAGAACUUGGAAACGCCUCCACAGCUCUCCGCAUCCUCCAAGCCGAGCUCCACCACACCGGGGAAUUUGGCUGCAGGUAUGAGGAGAACGUGAGUGGCCGCUGGAUCUUGUCUCUCUGGAGCCCCAAGGUGGACAUCACAGUUUCAGCAAAAUGGACUCUGGAAUACUUGUGUUUCGCUCUUGUACUUCUGCUUCUGCUUAUCCCGCUUGGGGUCUGUUUCUGGAGAAAGAGGAAUGGAGCGAAGCAAAAAACUGAGCCAGAAAAACCAGCGCAGGACGUGCAGGAUCCCCAGUCAGGGCAGGAAUCAGAGCUCACCUACGCCCUCCUUGACUUCCCCGCUGCUGCAGCCCACUCAGGCCGUGAGGGCGAGAACAGGCUGCGAAUGGCACAAAUGAGGACGGUGGUGUACAGUGAGGUUAAGCUCCCCCCCCCAGGGAACAGAGCAGCAAAAUAAAACGGGCACGGAGCACAGACACGUCUGACCAGGCAUAGAUCCCCCUUGGAGCAUUUCCGUGAGACCUUCAGCACCAUCCUGGAACCCUCUUGAGAUCCACCGGGGAGCUUCGAAGGAGCAUUUGACUGACUCAUGGGGAGCAGGAGAGCAAUCCAGGGCUGCUCCUCGCGAUGUUUACAGUUUACCUCCAGGAUGGGAGGCCGAGCAGCUCCCAUCCUGGGUGGGAGGACAUGUGCAGGGUGCGGUUGUCUUCUUGGCUUUC